CUCCCUCUGACACGAAAGUCGUCGGCUGUCGCGGCAAGCGGCGGCGGCGGCGGCUUCAGUAGUGGCUGCUAGUCGCAGUGGUCGCUAGAUACGACUAAACCGGUCUGUGCGCUGUGGUGGUGCUUUUGGGGAUGUUAUUCCUCCGGAGUGUGGUGCCCUGCCGAGGAGGAAUAAGAGGAAGGAGAAGAAGAAGCGACUGCAGUAGAAGAGGAAGAGGAGGCGUCACCAGCAGCCCGUAGGAGGAGCAGAAGGUGUAUUGUGUCUUCUGGGGAAUAAUCCAAGAUGGCGGCUAUGAAGAUGACAGCAGUUUACCACAUACUGGCUUUAAAUCUCCUCCUAUGCCAGUUAUCGCCAUUCGCCCUCUCCUACAAACUGUCCACCGUGGAUUCUCCGGACGUCUGCAACGAGACGAUCUACCUGGAGGAAGGAGUCAAAUCGGCCGCCAUCUUGAGGCUGACCUCCAAGGACUUCUACGACACAACGCCCAUGAACUGCCUCAUCACCUUCAAGGCCCCUCACCACAACUGGUCCGGUCUGACUGGAGUCCUGGAGGAGGUGGACCUGAGGCGGUAUGAGGACACGGCCGACCACCACUUGGCUCAGAAUCAGUGCGUGGACUACAUCAAGGUCCUGUACGACUCGCCCACUCCGCAGGACGAACAGUGCGGAUCCUGGUCCGUAUCAGGGGCGGAAAAGUUGACCCAUCUGGGAUUCCGGCGCUCCCUCUUCGGCUACUGCCCUAACCCCCCCAUUAUGGGCAGUGUCAUGAGGUGUGGGGUCUCCGAACUGCGAGUAGAGGUGUCAAUAGGCAAGAGAGAUUUCAGCAGCCUGAGGAAGAAGCCCUGGAGGUCCUACAGAGGAUUCACAUUUGUAGUGACAGCCUACAAGUACUCCUUUGGGGAGAGCGGAUGCAAGGAAGGCUUCGAGUCCUGCGGGAAAACAGACUACCACGGCUACCAGCAUCACUGCAUCCACAAAUCUCUCUGGUGCGACAACCACAUCAACUGCGGACAGCCCAAGAACACGGACGAGAUGCUUUGCCACAACGAUGAGAUGCUCAGUGGUCUAGUAACAGUCAUGGUAGGGCCCUGGGUAGGAGCAGCUCUCCUUGUGGUGCUGGUUCUCGCUGGAGUCCUAUACUGGCGAAGGGCGAAACCCACUCCAGCCCAAGGUCCUCCUCAACCCCAAGACCACAACUCGUACGCAGAAUCGUACGAGGUGUCGUCUACCAUGUCGUCGGCUCACCAUAUGGCAAUUCAGGUUCGUGUCGUCUGUAACUCUGGCCAGUGCUUACACACACCGAGAAUGACCCCAUGGCAGGCAGCUGAUCUCCCGCCAUCGUACGACUCCCUGUUUCCACAGGGCCCUCCCCAGCCUAAAUCCACCUUCACGGCAACCAACACCACCACAACCACCACUACUUCCUCAGCUGCGAGUUUCAAUAUCUCCACAACUUCCCUAGUUAGCACUUCAAUAGGUUCGAACGUCAACGCGGCUUCCGUUCCUUCGGGAUUCUAUUCCAACACGACGCAAACGUCGAGCAUCGUCAUCCCGAUCAGCGCCAUCUGCAACACACUCGGUUCGCCUCCCAUGGCGAGUGCUUCCUACAGCACAACAACAUUCACCAACACCAUUACGGCGUGUCCUCCAACAUUCACCAACACGACUACAUCCACGACUACCAUCUCGUCAGUCGGUGCUUCCCCCGCGGCUCUAGCCUCAAUAUCGGUCACUUCCGUCUCUUUAGCUGGACCUUCUGGUAAUCACCUUGCAAACAAGAGUAAAGAAAACGAUGGCCUAAGUCCAUCACGUGAUAACAGAUCCAGUAACAACAGCAGCAGAGCCACUACCCCAAACCCUUGCCCGAAAAUCAGCAGCCCCACUCGCAUGAUCAAUGCUACGCCCCCAAUCGUAGAACCAGAAGACACCAACUUAACUCCCUGUACUUCAACCGACGACACUCCAGCCUCGACUGAUGCCCACACAGAGUAUUCCUUUCAGGAUGCCAUAGAACGCAGUGGAAAAGCCCUCAAUCACCCUGAUGAAUCUGAGGAUGCACAAGCAUGUGAUAGUAUACCUUUAAGGCCCAGGUCUAGCAACGCAACACACGAAGGGGAAUAUGUCUCUAACCUUGGAGAAAGCCUGAGCAGACCUAGCACAAUGACAGCAUCAUGUACAGGGAGCUGUGACUGUGAAAUAUCUGACAGACCAGACUCAGAAUCGGAAGAGACGGAAGAGAUCACACUGGAUGACGAAGAACUGUCUUCAAGGGCCACAGUCUCGAAACCUUGCGACGAAGAAGUUCAUCAUCAUACAUUCGGUGCUCCAGAGAAGAACCUCGAUGAGGAAUCACCUGCAGAUGACUGUGAAAUGGUGAGAGGUCUUCUGCUGCAGGAAAUGGAAGAAGGGAUCAUACAUGAGAGUUCACUGGAUAAAGACGAUGAAUCUCUUUUGUAAGGGAAGUUAGUGUCUCCAUUCCCAUAAUGUCACAUUGCUGCUAAAACAUUACUGGAAUGAUUACCUGUGCAACUGAGAAGUUUCAAAGCUGAUUUAUUGCUUUAAAGAAUUCACUGAAAAAACAUUACGAAUAACCUGGUUCGCUUAAGUUUACGUUCGAGCUAACCGUCGAACGACACACUCUUAUUUCAAUGUGCAUUUGAAUGAAAAUUAAGCAGUAUUGAUAUUAACAUUCUUUUUCACAAUAAUUAUCUCGCAGACAACUUUAUCUUUCGUAGACAAGAUCCGGUACAUCUUCCGCGGUGUUACCGUACAUUACUUAGAGAUUUUCAGUGUAUGGCACAAAGCACCCAUCUCUUCAACCUAUGCCAUUGACAACACGAGCAAAAACCAUUACCUGAAGUCAGUAUUUCACCACUAGGAGAGAUAAGGGUGAGUUUCCCAAGAAUAGAACAAUAUCUAAGAUAGUCAUUUUAGUCUUCACUAUAGUACGGCACCAUACGUCACAAAUUAACAGUAUUAGAUUCUUGAAUGUCCAAGAGGAAUACUCGCUCUUCUGUGGAAGGUGGUCAGUACCUAGUGAUGCGAACGGUGGCUUUCAAGCGCCGCCCUGUCUGCCGACUGCUUUCCAGUCCUGCCACGGAGCAGCUGAACGUAACCGGCGACCAACCCCAAUUCAUCGAUUUGAUCCAAAAUCUUCUCAGCACUUCGAACGGUGCAAGGUAGAGAGCGAGAGCGAGUACUUUGGUGUAUAAAUGCAUAAAUGAACUUUAAAUAUGUCCAGUGCUUUUGUUUCUAGUUUGAAGGAGAUUUUCAGAUGAGACUGAGAGGAUGAAAACCUUAAGAGAGGUAAAGGAGGAAGAGAGACCGAGAGGAAGAGAAACAAUGCGAGAACGUCGUACAAAUCUCAUCCUAAAUUGAUUUUUUCGAAUUUAUUUUCUUAACCUCUUAGCAUUUAUUAUAAUUAUGACAAACUUGAAUACUCCAAUACGGCAAAGAUAUAUAAAUAUAUAUAUAUAUUUUCAUAUUCUUCGUUAGGACAAAAACCCCAAUGGUUGUGAAUGAUCUUUUUUUCUAUUAUGAUUAAGCGCUUUCCAUUCAGGCUUAUCUCCAUAAGUGAUAAUCCAGUAGGCUUCUCUAUAGUAGGUGCAAUAUAUACGAAUAUAUAUUAUAUACAUAUAUAUAUUUUCUUCUUUGUUUUUUGUGGAUAUACAAAAUGAAUCCUUAGGCCAUUAGCUAAAAAAACAAAUAAAAUAAAAAAGGGUAUCUCAACAUCAGCAUCACCAAUACACAAUGGUAAUAAAUAAAUGAAUAAAUAAAUAAAUAAAAAUGAAUUAUGAUGUAUAACAAUACAAUAUGCAUGACAUGACGGAUAGUACAUAACACAAAACCCCCCCAAAAUAUUUUUGUGGACCGGAAGUGUCCUGUGUCUUUCUGCUAAUAAAAUAGAUUUUGAUUCUU